AUGGCUGAGUUGCUUGGCCUGGAGAAUGCGAAGUACAGCGCCGUGCCAGAGACGGCGGACGCCAAGAAGCAGAGCGACGACGACGAUGACCUUGAUACUCUGGCGCAAAGGCUGAAGAAGCUUGCGCGGUACCUUUUGGGCACGCGCGACUGCUACCUGAAGUUGGUCCCGAACCAGGAUGCGGAGACCUUGAAGACCUUCACCGGCAGCGACUGGAUGCACGGCUGCUCGGUGCUGACCUACGCGAGGGCCCAGAAGACGCCGGCGCUCUCGUCGGCGGAAGCCGAGCUCUACGCCAUCGGCUCCGGGGCGAUCGAGAGCCUCGGUCCCGGGAAAAUGGAACAUGUGGAGUUGAAGACGUUGGCCAUCCAAGACUGGGUGAAGGAAGGGCGGCUUCGCAUCCACAAAGUAUCCACUCACGAGAACCCGGCGGACGUGAUGACGAAGGAGCUGUCCGUCGAAAAGAUGACUAAGUUCGGCCGCGCCCUCGGCUUGCGCGGCGGGCCGUUCGGAUAUUAG